GCAUUAGCAGAGUCUUCGUACGACACCCACCACCUACAACGACAGCGUCCACCAUUGCAACGAAAUUAUCUAGCUCUUCAACAAUGACCAUUCAUAUUCGUAUUAGGAUUGUCCUGAGCUUAGGAUACUUCAAAAUCAGUCAAAGGAUCAAAGAAUGGAUCUCAAAGACCAAAGGAUGUGCAAAGGAACAAGAUCAAACAAAGGAUUUGGUAUUGACUGCAUGUACAUGUCAAAAUAAAAUCCAGAGAACAAAGGAUCGUGCAGUGGCUGCAAAAUAUUUGAAGAUUUGGUCUCAUACUCGAUCAGGUAGACUGACAUACCCGGUCGGGUAUGUGUGCGUUUUUAAUCUUACAAGAUAACUGCGUUUUAAACCUUUUCCUUCACAUUUAAUUCAC